AUGUGCGAUCUUCUCCAGCAUCCAGAUAUCGUUGGUCGGAUCCUCUCAUGCCUAGCGUGGCGAGAGAGACGUCAACUAGCAGCUGUGUGUGUGUCUUGGCGAGAGGCAGCUGAAACAAGCCCCUGCUGGAGUGACCUUGACUUAACUUUCGCCGACGCGACCAAAGCGUUCACGAACCUGGUUCAUUCUGCGACGCAGGCCUCCAACCCCCGUCCCUCACACAGGAGGCAGAAGGUUGCCGGACGGGUAUCCCUCUGUCGCCUAAACUUUAAAGAUAACCCUACGCCUUUUCGAUGGGUUCAGACGCUGCAGUUGUCUGUGUAUUCGAGUGAGGAGACGGCAGCGCUUCUCUCUCUUUUGCUCUUCCCUACUCGUCAAUCGUCAGGAGUCUGUUCUGCCUCGCGGCCACAACUACACGAGAACGGAAAGGUCGCUCCUGACGGCAAGGACACAAUCCAUGACCCCUGUGCUGCCGGACAUAGACACCUUCCUGCUGUAAUUGACGAUAUGGACCAGGACGCUACGGCAGAAGGGAGCGCAGAUUUGUUGAUGCCUGCACUGAGACGACUUGACGUGUACCGCGGCGUCGGACAAAGGGGAUGUGGAGUCUUUUGGAUAGAUACCCCUGUUCGACUUUUGUCGACUAUUCCGUCUUUCUUCCCGGUCAGCAACAGUCUCCAAGGCCGGCAACGGAUCCGUUGUUGUGCUCCGUCGGCUCCUAGCACAGACACCGCUUCAUCUCCAAUUCUUCGUGAUUCGUUUCCGUUUCAGUCUUCACAAUCCAGAUCCGUUGCUGCACUUAACUCUGCGUGCGAUUUCUUAUCAAAUUCCAAGGCCUCUGAGUCUCCGUCUUUCCGGAGCGAAGCAGAUGAUUCUCCGUCUCUGGCCUCAGGACCAAAUGUGGAGGGAGUCCUUCCGGGUUCUUUGCCUUCUUUUCUCGACUGCCUUGGGCCUCGUUCUUGGCGAGAACUUCCAGUGAAUCCCUUCCUGGAAGAAGUAUCGACACUUGCGUCUUCGGCUGAAGAUUCUCCUGUCGAAAGGGCGGAAUCAACAGCUUCCAGUGACCCGCCGUGCCAGUUCGCGUCAUUGCCUUUCCUUGAAUGUCUGGUGGUGGAGGCUCCGCUGCCCAUCACUUUGAUUCGUGGACUCAGGGGACGUCUGCCACGACUGCGGCAUCUAAGCGUGACACAAGUCAUCAAUUAUUCUUCUGUUGAACGGCGUGAGCAAGGACAUCGAAACCGAGAGCUGCCCUCAGAUCUGGAGCGCUUGAGAGCGCUUCGAAGUUUUUUCCAGGCCUUGCCGCCAAACCAACUCCAAACUGUCUGUGUCUCGCUGGCUUGCGUACCGGCACCUGAGUGUCUUUUCGAGGGAAGGUCGCCAUGGGAGGAUACAGCGCAAGCAGAGAGGGAGGAAGACUCUCAAUUAGAGAGUGCAAGUGCGUGGAAUACAUUGAUAGAGCGGGUCGCGAACACUUUGCCGCCCGAGGACGACACUUCAAAUGGGGCUGCAGAGUGGCGAACAAGACCUGCUAGAGGGCUUCCUGAAGACGGAGACGACGUCAUGGAACUACUCACUUCCUGCCACGCUGAAAGUCUUGAAUCGCUAUGGUUGCCAGAUAUUCCUGUAUCAUAUCCAGUCCUUCAGCGAUUCCUGUCGCAAUGCAAGAAGAUUAAAUCUUGGCAUCUUGCAGGGUGGGCGGCGCUUAUGGCUGCGACGCUGGGGGCACCUCUGUAACGAAGAGAGACUCAUGCAGCGUGGAGUUGGACAGGUGCUCGUGCAGUCCCUUCCUGUAUGGAGUUGAUUUUGGAGAAAGGAUACUGACUCCAGGGCAAUUCCGGGAACACGUCAGUAGCCCACCGUCUUCGCUCCACCAUUUUAUAUUGUUUUGAUCCCUUUUGAACUCGACAGAUACAGGAUAAGAGCCAAGGGGUAUGGAAGGAG